AUUUGAACCAUUUGAAUUUAGACUGACCUUGACAGUGUCCACCUAAUAACCAGGACCGAAGAGGGUUAUAAGCCUGUCCCAACUAUGUAAUUUACUGUACAUUAAGGGAUUAAAUUGGAUUUAAAUAGUAUGCCUAUUAAACGAUCAUCUGGACGUUUAGGACCUAUUGGUGGUGGUGUUAAUAACAAUACACGAAGAGCAUGUGAGCAGAUGGUGUCGUCAGUACCAUUAGUGAAGCACUCUACAUUUCCUGUUGUGCCCAAAUUAUCCCGUAUAUCAUUUCUUUCUCUCAGUCUAAUGCUGUGCUUAACAUCUACAUUAACUCAGCACAUGUAUCUGUAUAGAACUGUGUGGUGGUUACCGAAUUCGUCAAUCGAAUACCCUGUAGAACUUGACUCAGUCGACUAUUAUGUUACGGCCCAUAUCAUCUUUAUGCUGUGUACUCCGUAUGUCUAUUUAAUAGUGCUUAAGCUUCUUCCUUCAUUUAUAAUGACAUCACUGAUAAUGCGCUCAGUCCUGGGUUUACUCAUUUUUACUUCCUGGGGCUACGUCAUGAUCUGGAUUUUAAAUCGGAUAGAAUAUUCCGGGACAACAAUCUUGUAUCACCUAUCCGGAAUAUUGUUGCUGGCGUAUUUUCCCAUACUGACUCUCUUAGUUUACCAUUCUCGUUAUUUGGAGAAAAUCGUUUGUCAAGACAGUCGUCAUCAUCAUCCAAAUGGUACUGAUAGUACCAAUAAUAAUUAUUGGGGCGACAGUAGUUCAAGAGUUGUAUAUCGACCGUCUGUUUUCAGGUUAAGAAAUUGUCUACAGCUGUUUACAUCAUCCUGUUGGCGAUGUCUCACAAUCAUUACGGAUUGGCCAUGUUUACCUUUUGAGAACAUGUUUUUUCCAACGCCAUAUACAUUUGUUCCUUCAAGACAACUCCAUGCAUCAACUGAUCAUCCAUCAUUUCAAACCAUCUACUAUACAAGUGACGUAGAUUCAAAUAAUUAUUUAAUGAAUCAUCAGUGUUUAGGUGCAACACCUGAACAAAUACGUGAAGAAGUUGAACUGUAUAGACGUGAUUUUAAUGCAAGGUUAAUGGAUAUUUUAAUUGGUACCUUACAUGCAGUUUAUUAUGGAUGCUUUCUACCAAUGAUAUUUGUCCAGAAUGAACACUUAUAUAUUGAUUAUUGGUGGUGCAUUCAGCAUUGUUUCUUGACUGGCUUAGUAGUCUUUCUGUUACGUUGGCAUUAUUUUCUACCAUGUGAUUACAUCGAUUUGCUGCAUCGAAUUUCUGUGCAUUUGGGUAGUUGGCAGAAUUCGCUCACACGAAGUGGAUAUAUAAACGCUAUAUCAUGGUCAGCGUCUACCAUUUAUCCGCAUGGGGUUGCAGUUAAACAUAUGCACGGUCUAUUUCGAUCUGUGGGAAUUAAUAACUGUGCUGAACCUGGCAAUCGACUUCAUUCACGAUUUUAUGUCCUGGGUUCAAAUCAUGUGAAGCGGCGGGAUCGUGGAUGUACAUUGUCAAGGAGGAGUCCCACGUUUUCAGAUUUGCAAUGAUGAUCUAACAUCAAUCGGUUUAUGAUCUUAAUUUAAAAGGAAUUAUCAAAUAGAUUUGUUCGAAAUGAUUAUGUCCUAUUUUAACUAGUAAUCACUGCUUACCUUUAUAUGUACCCCUUGUUUUUUUUGUUUUUUUUUUGUCUAGUUUCUAUUCAAUAAUCCGAAAUAUAUAAGUAGUAUAUUAAUGUGUCUUUUAUUAUUUAGUAUUAUGUAUCAAUGUAUUUGUUCAUAUUGGAUAUAUGAAUGGUAUAAAUUAAUUGGUUUAAUUAUAGAUGCAUUAUUUUGUUUUCUUAAUUUAUAUUUACAUUUACGUAAUUUAAUUUUAAUACAUUUUGUUUAUUCAUCAUCAAAAGAGAAAUUAUGUAAUAUGACAAAUUAUUUAAGUCAUUCAUUAAUUCAUUUCUUUAUUACUACUACGGCUACUACUACUACUUCUUCUUCUUCGUAUAAUAAUUCAUCUACAAAUUCUAUGAUUAAUUAACUUUCUUAUUUGUUCUUCUUCUUCUUCUCCUCCUCAUAUCAAUCUAUAUUUAAUUCAUAAUUAUGAAACUUUUCUUUUAUCUUGACAAUCAUGAAUUAUUUUUUGUAUUUCUUAAUGGAUCAAUAUCUUCCCCCCAUUGUUUACUCUCAAGGUACUCUCAAGGUAUAUAUUGCUUGUAUAAAUCUAUGAGAAUAUUAUAUUCUGGUUACUACAUGGUUACUACAUCUUAUACUUGUGCUUUUUUUUAUAUUUUUUUGUUAAUAAAAUAAUGAAUAAAUAUGGUUUUACUACAAUGAAUACUUUUGUAAUACUUAAUUACUCCUAUUACUCUCAAUGAAGUAUCCGCCAACCGACCAACAUUUUCAACCAACUCUGUCUUGGGCAUUCUUUUCUACUUCUAUUCAAUUGUUGUUCAUUCUUCUCAUAUCUGUCUCCAUUUCUCGGUGUUAUGUGUUUUUUUAGCCUUCCUCUCCUUCUUUGGCCUUGAGGAUUCCAGGUGAGGGAUUGCCUUGUGACGCAGUUGGAUGCUUUCCUUAAUAUGUGACCUAUCCAUUUCCACGCUUCUUCCUCCGUUGGGAUCUGGUUUGUUCUUUCCCACAGUAGGUUGUUGUUGAUAGUGUCUGGCCAAUGGAUCUAAAGUAUUUGUGUAGAUACCUGUUAAUAAACACUUGUAAUAAAUAAAUAAACAAGAAUAUGAAAACAUGGUGCUGAUAGCGAAUAGGCUAUUUAAUUUAUCUUAGUUUCUGAUGAAGAUUACGAUCAAUAUCUUUUAAAGCUCUACAUCACAUUUGAAAACAAUCUCAGAACCUUCAAUGAUAUACGCCUUAAUUAUAUCAGCAAAAUGUUUCUUCUGUUGUCGUAUUUUUUCUUGCCCUAAAUAGAUAAACAGUCAUUA